GUGGGGGGGGGGGGGUGUUCCCCUUCUCCAAACAAGGUUUGCAUUGCAGGAUCCUCUUGGAAGCGCUGGAAUCAACCAGCCUCCUUGUGGGGGAGGGGAAGAUAUUUGGUGCCUGAGACGAACCAGAGAAGGGAGCCCCCCCCCCCAAUGCAACCUGACUGGGGCACUGAGCCAGUUGCGCCAGUUUCACCCCACGACCAUGGGUCCCCGGGGCUGUGGGUGCCGUGCAGCGUACAUUGCCCUGGCACCGAAAUUUGUGGGUGCCCGGCCUCUUCAUGGGGAAUUGGGUGGGUACCCAGGGAGCUGGCACCUAUGCACUGAAAGUCACCAGGUCUCUCUCUCUCUCUCUCUCUCUCUCUCUCUCUCUCUCUCUCUCUCUCUCUCUCUCUCUCUCUCUCUCUCUCUCUCUCUCUCUCUCUCUCUCUCUCACACACACACACACACACACACACACACACACACACACACACACACACCAUCUUAGACCCAGCCUCCUAACCCAUUUUUAUGUAUUUCUUCACACUCAGCCGGGGACACCCCCUCCCUUGGCCUCCUGCGUAAGGGAGCCAGUCUGGACGGCAGGGGAGGGGUGAGCUCCUCCAGGACCCUGAUCAGCUGCUGAAGCCCCUUCCUCAGUGGGGCGGAGAUCAGGAGGCCAAGCAAGGGGAGAGGAACUGGAAGCAGCUGGAGAACAGAGUCGUCUCUGGAUUGGGAGAGAGGGAGGAGAUUUCGAGGGGGGGGUGAGAGAUGGAGAAUGUCAAGGGAAAUCGGCCUCCUGAGCUUCCUUAGUAAGAAAGAGGUUGGUGUGAAAAGGAAGGGGAAACCCCCCCCCCCAGCUCCCCUUUCAGAAAUCCUAGUCUGGCAGGCUGAGGUUGCUUUGGCACAAAGGAAAGAGCCUUGUUGGGUUUCCCAUGUUGGGGGUGCAGUUGGGGAGGGUUUGCUGUGCUGCUUUUGUGCCCCAAAACUGGAGGGAAGAGGCGUAUUUUCCAUUUACUGAAGCAUGAAAAAGCAGCUCGUCAGUUUCCCUCCUGCUUGGCAAGGGAAAUGGGUCCAUGGAUGGCAGGAUUUGAAACUGAUCAAGGUCUCAGGAGCCCUUUAAAAAGUAUCAAGGCAAAGACUGGAGGAAUUAAAGAAAUGCCCCCUCCCCAGCUGGACUUGGGGGAAAGAGGGGGGGAAAAUGAGUUUUUGAUGCUGCUUCUUUCCAAAAAGAGGCUUCUCCAGGUGUCCUCUUGGGACUUUGUCGGAAAAGAGAAUCAAAGCUCCUAGGAGUGGGAGAUCAGGCCUGUCUUGCAGGAUUGGCCCAGCGCAGAGGUGCUGAGGGACUUUUUCUGCCCGUUCUGGCAGCCUACUCCUGCCUGGCCUCAUCCCCAUCCAGGUUGCCAAGAGGGUCUUAUAAUACUUAGGUGAUCUAAAGCCCACCACCUGGGCAAUGCUCACACAAGAACCCUGCAAGGUGGGCCAAAACUAGGGUGGAUUUCCUGGAGCCUGGAAAAGCACUUGAUCAGUUUCCCUCCUACUUGGCAAAGGAGGGUGGCAGGAUUUGAAACUGAUUAGAUUCUUAGGGGACCUUCGAAUAUCCUCGGGGCAAAGACUGAAGAGGAAUUAAAAGCCCCCUCCCCCACUGGAAUUUCUGGGGACAGAAAUGGAGUGUGGUUUCUCUUUCAGGAUUGGCCCAGUGGGGGGGUCCUGAGAGUCUUUCUCCUCUCUUGCUGCCACCCUCACCCCAGGAGGGCCUAGUAAUGAGGGGGGAUGACAGCACAACAGCCCUGUAAGGCGGGUCAGUCUCAGUAUAAUAUAGCUAUUGUAACUGUGUGGGCGUGUUCUCCAGCCAGAGGGCCACAUUCCCUCCUGUGUGGGCGUGUUCUCCAGCCAGGGGCCACAUUCUAUUGAUGGGUGGGGCCAGAGUUCAGAGUGGGUAGAGCUAUGGGUGCAAAUUUGACCUUUGUCUAGUAGCUACAUCCAUUCCAAGGAUCGUUUCCAGCCAUGCAAUAGGAGGAUCCAGGGCAGUGGUUUAAAAAAGGGGGGGGGUGGCCUGGGAGAUUGCUGAGGCCUCGAGGGCUGGAUUUGGCCCCUGCUACUGAGGUUCCCCAGCCCACAGUUAGGGUGCUGGGCUUAGACCAGGGAGACCCACACUUUGCUACGCAGCUCCUGGGUGACCUUGAGUUAAAGGUCUGGAAACAUGUGCAAUUAAUGCAAGGAUUGUUAGAUGCAUAUUUUGCCAAUUCCAGAAGUUGUCUAGCUCUACUUAAUAUUUGUUCCCCAGACAAAGGUCUGCCAUCUAUGUAAAUGUCUCCCAACCUAAAUAAAACCGCCUUUCUCUAUUGUUCCUGCUUUGAAGUACAUCGUGUCAAUAGCUGAGAGAGUCCCAGAAGUGGCCCAGUUUACGCCUCCUCCGAAUUGCCUACAGGCAGCGCAAUGGCCUCAGAGGCACCAUUUGGACCGUCUCUUCUUAAAGCUGGAGUGGAAAGAGGAGCCACACAGCUUCCUCAGGCCCUCUUGACCUUUGAGGAGGUGGCUGUGUUUUUCACGGAGGAAGAGUGGGCUCUGCUGGAUCCAGGCCAAAGAGCUCUGCAUAAGGAAGUCAUGGAGGAGAAUUUUGAGAUGGUGGCCUCUCUAGGAGAGAUUCUGAUACCAAAGUCCGAGCUCUUCUCCUCGCUUGAGACAGAAAAAUACAGAGAUGUUGUCCUACACAAAUGGAGAGCAGACGAUGGAGAAAGAAGUCAGAAUUCUGAAGGGCCAUCUGUGAAGUGCUUCAGUGUGAGUGAGCAUCUUAUCACAAAUCUACAAACUCACACAGGGAAGAAACCCUUUACAUGUAUGGAGUGUGGAAAGAGCUUCAGUCGGAAUGGAAUUCUUACUGUACAUCGACGAAUUCACACAGGGGAGAAACCAUAUAAAUGUAUGGAAUGUGGAAAGAGCUUCAGUUGUAGUGGAAAACUUCCUAUACACCAACGAACUCAUACAGGGGAAAAACCAUUUAAAUGUAUGGAGUGUGGAAAGAGUUUCAGUGACAGUGGAGCAUGUACAAAACAUCAACGAACACACACAGGGGAGAAACCAUAUAAAUGUUUGGAGUGUGGAAAGAACUUCAGUGAAAUGGGAGCACUUACAAGACACCAACGAAUUCACACAGGCGAGAAACCAUUUAAAUGUAUCGAGUGUGGAAAGUGUUUCAUUUGUAGUGGAAGCCUUAGUGUACACCAACGAUCACACACGGGGGAGAAACCAUAUAAAUGUAUCGAGUGUGGGAAGAGCUUCAGUGAAAGUGGAAAACUUACAAGACAUCAACAAAUUCACACAGGAGAGAAACCAUUUAAAUGUAUGUGUGGAAAGUGUUUCAGUGAUAGUAGAGCACUUACAAAACAUCAACAGACGCAUUCGGGAGAGAAACCAUUUAAAUGUAUGGCAUGUGGAAAGAGCUUCAAUGAAAGUUCCCAGCUGACUUUCCAUCUACGAACUCACACAGGGGAGAAACCAUUUAAAUGUAUGGAGUGUGGAAAGAGCUUCAGUACAAGUGGAAAACUUACAAGACAUCAACGAAUUCACACAGCAGGGAAACCAUUUACAUGCAUGGUAUGCGGAAAGAGCUUCAGUCAAAGUGGAAGCCUUACUGUACAUCAAAGAACUCAUACAGGGGAGAAACCAUUUAAAUGUGUGGAGUGUGGAAAGAGCUUCAGUGCAAGUGGAAAACUUACAAGACAUCAACGAAUUCACACAGCAGAGAAACCAUUUACAUGCAUGGUAUGCGGAAAGAGCUUCAGUCAAAGUGGAAGCCUUACUGUACAUCAAAGAACUCAUACAGGGGAGAAACCAUUUAAAUGUGUGGAGUGUGGAAAGAGCUUCAGUGAAGGUUCAAAACUGACCGUCCAUCUAAGAAUUCACACGGGUGAGAAACCAUAUAAGUGCUUAGAGUGUGGAAAGUGCUUCAAUGUGACUGAACACCUUUAUAUACAUCUACGAACUCACACAGGCGAGAAACCAUUUAAAUGUAUGGAGUGCGGAAAGAGCUUCAGGGAUAGGGGAAAGCUUACUGUACAUCAACGAAUUCACACAGGGGAGAAACCGUUCAAGUGUAUGGUGUGUGGCAAGAGUUUCAAUCGGAAUGGAAUUCUUACUGUACAUCAACGAACUCAUGCAGAAGAGAAACCAUAUAAAUGUAUCGAGUGUGGAAAAAGCUUCACUGAAGGCCCACAACUUACCAUACAUCUCCGAACUCACACAGGGGAGAAACCAUUUAAAUGUAUGGAGUGUGGAAAGAGCUUCAGUCGGAAAGGAAUUCUUACUGUACAUCAACGAACUCAUACAGGGGAGAAACCGUAUACAUGUAUGGAGUGUGGAAAGAACUUCGGUUGUCGUGGAAAACUUACAAGACAUCAACGAAUUCAUACAGGGGUCAAACCAUAUGAAUGUAUUGAGUGUGGAAAGAGCUUCAGUGAAGCUUCAAAAUUGACCAUACAUCUGCGAACUCACACAGGGGAGAAACCCUUUAAAUGUAUAGAGUGUGGACAGAGCUUCAGUCACAAUGGAAUACUUACUGUACAUCUUCGAACUCACACAGGGGAGAAACCAUAUAAGUGUAUGGUUUGUGGAAAGAGCUUCAGUGAGAGUGGAAGCCUUACUCUACAUCAACGAACUCAUACAGGGGACAAACCAUAUAAAUGUUUGGAGUGUGGAAAGAGCUUCAUUUGCAGUGGGAAACUCAGUGUACACCAACAAAGUCACACUGGGGAGAAACCAUUUAAAUGUAUGGAGUGUGGAAAGUGCUUCAGUGAGAGUGGAGCUCUUACAAGACACCAACGAACUCACACAGGAGAGAAGCCAUUUAAAUGUUUGGAGUGUGGAAAGCGCUUCAGUGAGAAUGGAACUCUUAGAAAACAUCAGCAGUCUCACAGAGAAGCAGUUGUUUAAAUGGAAGGAGUGUAGAAAAUGUUUCACUUAUAAUGGAGUUUUUAAUAAACACCUACCGACUCUCACAGGCGAGAACCCAUUUAGAUUUAUGGAGUGUGCCAAGUUUUUCCCACAGAGUUCACUUUGUCCCUCAUAUCAGCAAACUAAUACUGUAUAGGGAAAAAUCAAUUGUAAAUGUUGUUGUUUAGUCGUUCAGUCGUGUCCGACCCUUCGUGACCCCAUGGACCAUUGCACGCCAGGCACUCCUGUCUUGCACUGCCUCCUGCAGUUUGGUCAAACUCAUGUUCGUAGCUUCGUGUCAUCUGCAUAUCUGAGGUUGUUGAUAUUUCUUCUGGCAAUCUUAAUUCCGGCUUGGGAUUCAUCUAGUCCAGCCUUUCGCAUGAUGAAUUCUGCAUAUAAGUUAAAUAAGCAGGUAGACAAUAUACAACCUUGUUGUACUCCUUUCCCAAUUUUGAACCAAUCAGUUGUUCCAUAUCCAGUUCUAACUGUAGCUUCUUGUCCCACAUAGAGAUUUCUCAGGAGACAGAUGAGGUGAUCAGGCACUCCCAUUUCUUUAAGAACUUGCCAUAGUUUGCUGUGGUCGACACAGUCAAAGGCUUUUGCAUAGUCAAUGAAGCAGAAGUAGACGUUUUUCUGGAACUCUCUAGCUUUCUCCAUAAUCCAGCGCAUGUUUGCUAUUUGGUCUCUGGUUCCUCUGCCCUUUCGAAAUCCAGCUUGCACUUCUGGGAGUUCUCGGUCCACAUACUGCCUAAGCCUGCCUUGUAGAAUUUUAAGCAUAACCUUGCUAGCGUGUGAAAUGAGCGCAAUUGUGCGGUAGUUGGAGCAUUCUUUGGCACUGCCCUUCUUUGGAAUUGGGAUGUAGACUGAUCUUCGCCAAUCCUCUGGCCAUUGCUAAGUUUUCCAAACUUGCUGGCAUAUUGGGUGUAGCAUCUUAACAGCAUCAUCUUUUAAAAUUUUAAAUAGUUCAGCUGGAAUAUCAUCACUUCCACUGGCCUUGUUAUUAGCAGUGCUUUCUAAGGCCCAUUUGACUUCACUCUCCAAGAUGUCUGGCUCAAGGUCAGCAACCACACUACCUGGGGUGUACGAGACCUCCAUAUCUUUCUGGUAUAAUUCCUCUGUGUAUUCUUGCCACCUCUUCUUGAUGUCUUCUGCUUCUGUUAGGUCCUUACCACUUUUGUCCUUGAUUAUGGUAAUCUUUGUACGAAAUGUUCCUUUCAUAUCUCCAAUUUUCUUGAACAGAUCUCUGGUUUUCCCCAUUCUAUUGUUUUCCUCUAUUUCUUUGCAUUGCUCAUUUAAGAAGACCCUCUUGUCUCUCCUUGCUGUUUUUUGGAAAUCUGCAUUCAGUUUCCUGUAUCUUUCCCUAUCUCCCUUGCAUUUUGCUUGCCUCCUCUCCUCCGCUGUUUGUAAGGCCUCGUUGGACAGCCAUUUUGCUUUCUUGCAUUUCCUUUUCCUUGGGAUGGUUUUCGUUGCUGCCUCCUGUAUAAUGUUACGAGCCUCCAUCCAUAGUUCUUCAGGCACUCUGUCCACCAAAUCUAAAUCCUUAAACCUGUUCCUCACUUCCACUGUGUAUUCAUAAGGGAUUUGAUUUAGAUUGUAUCUUACUGGCCCAGUGGUUUUUCCUACUUUCUUCAGUUUAAGCUGGAAUUUUGCUAUAAGAAGCUGAUGAUCUGAGUUACAGUCAGCUCCAGGUCUUGUUUUUGCUGACUGUAUAGAGCUUCUCCAUCUUUGGCUGCAGAACUCUAUUAGCCUUUGCCCUGCUUCAUUUUGAACUCCAAGGCCAAACUUGCCAGUUGUUCCUUUUAUCUCUUGAUUCCCUACUUUAGCAUUCCAAUCCCCUGUAAUGAGCAGAACAACCUUCUUUGGUGUCAUUUCUAGAAGGUGUUGUAGGUCUUCAUAGAAUUGGUCAAUUUCACUUUCUUCAGCACCAGUAGUUGGUGCAUAAACUUGGAUUACUGUGAUGUUAAAAGGUCUGCCUUGGAUUCGUAUCGAGAUCAUUCUGUCAUUUUUGAGAUUGCAUCCCAUUACAGCUUUUGCCACUCUUUUGUUGACUAUGAGGGCCACUCCAUUUCUACUACGGGAUUCUUGCCCACAGUAGUAGAUAUAAAAUAAAAAAAAUUCCUUCAGUAGCACCUUAAAGACCAACUAAGUUUUUAUUUUGGUAUGAGCUUUCGUGUGCAUGCACACUUCUUCAAAGACAGACCCAAAAAAGAAAAUAACAGAACACCACUAGUCAUCACAUACAGCUCCCAAGUUAAAACAGUACAACGCAUCAUCAGAGAUCUACAGCCUCUCCUGGACAAUGACAGCUCCCUUUCUCAAGCUCUGGGAGGAAGACCUUUCAUUGCCUACAGACAGCCACCCAAUCUUAAACAACUCCUCACCCACAAUAAUACAACCACCAGACUUAACAUGGACACUGGUACCAGAGCCUGCAAUAAACCCAGAUGCCAACUUUGCUGCCACAUACACCCAGACAACACCAUUACUGGCCCCAACAACAUCCAACAUACCAUCUCAGGACUAUUUAAUUGCUCAUCCUCUAACAUUGUGUAUGCCAUCAAAUGCCAACAGUGCCCUUCAGCUCUCUAUAUUGGACAAACAGGCCAAACCCUACGCCAAAGGAUAAAUGGACAUAAAUCUGACAUCAGGAACCAGAAGACAGAAAAACCAGUAGGAGAACACUUCAAUCUCCCAGGACAUUCUAUACAAGAUCUCAAAGUAGCUGUCUUACUACAAAAGAAUUUCAGAAAUAGACUGGAAAGAGAAGUUGCUGAAUUACAACUUAUCACCAAGCUCAAAACCAUGGAGGGACCUGGUUUGAACAGAGAUAUCGGAUUCUUAUCUCAUUAUACAUGAUAAGCGAUCUUCAGCCAUCUCAACCCUUGCUUUUUCAUACAAAACCAUUUGCAGUCGUUUCCGGUCAUCAACAGCU